CUCCUCAAUGCCCAACGCCAAAACAUUAAUCGCAUCGUAACCGCACGGUCGACUUUUGAUAUCUCACCGUUCUUUCGUGCGUUCCAGUGAUUGACCAUCACUAGCAGAAAUAAGUGACAAACAACGUUUCGUCUGCUUCUACCUGGCCGGCCGCCCACGACGUCGCAUCCUGCCCACCCCCACCAACAAGACAGUAGCAAGCCUCCGCGUCCCCGCCGUGGAUAUGCUAGGACACCUCAAGCAUCAUGGCUCUAGAUCAGGACAAGAUAACGCUUGAGGAUUGGCUGGACGACCUCUGCGUCCGAUUCAUCAUAAACCUCCCCGCUGAAGACCUGUCCUCCGUCGAGCGCAUCUGCUUCCAGGUUGAGGAGGCCCACUGGUUCUACGAAGACUUCAUUCGUACAUUGGAUCCGGCACUGCCCAACAUGCAACUCAAGGCAUUCAGCGAGCUGAUAUUUAAACACUGCCCGAUACUCUCGUCCUUUUCCGAGGCCAACCGUGCCCUCGCAUUCGACCAGUUCAUGCAGUACAAGCAACGAGUACCCGUGCGCGGCGCCAUUCUACUGAACAGUCGCAUGGAUAGCUUGGUACUCGUCAGAGGCUGGAAGAAGCAGGCUAGUUGGAGUUUUCCGAGAGGCAAGAUCAACAAGGCCGAAGACGAUCUUGAAUGCGCCAUUCGAGAGGCCUACGAGGAGACGGGGUACGAUCUGCGUGCCGCUGGACUGGUGGAGGAUAAACCAGACUUUGUUGAGGCCACUAUGCGUGACCAACACUUGCGACUAUACAUCUUUCAUGGGGUCCCCGACGACACCCAUUUCGAGCCCCAGACGAGAAAGGAAAUCGGCGACAUUCAAUGGUACAAAAUAUCCCAACUACCCGCUUUCCGAAAGAACAACAAGAAGGGCGCCGCGGCCCAGAAUACCCGGAACGAAAAGGCCGUCAACCCCAACAAAUUCUACAUGGUUGCGCCGUUCCUCGUUCCUCUGAGGAAAGUGAUCCGCGAGAAGAAGCAAGCCCAGUUGAUGAACGCGACCUACAGCGGUAACCCACCUCAAAUGCUUCAAGAUGAUGUUUUUACGGAAGACGACAUGGCACCAAAUCCGUUGAAAAGCUCUGCGCCACCCGCACCUGCGCCUGGUACUGAGUAUUUGGACCGCACCGAGAAAGAGUUGCAACGCCAACUCCAGAUUCAGCCGCCAACAGAAGGACUGCAAACUGACACAGCAUACAAUGUGAAUCCGAAUGCCGGAGCCGCCUUGAUGUCGCUUCUGCAGCCCAAAGCAGCAGCCGCUGCGACUAGCCAAGCACCUCCGGCCAACAACAGCUACCAUUACUACCCUCAUACUCCGUUAGAUCACACUAUCUACGAGCCCGCAGAGCCGCAAACGCCCCAUCGCCACCAUCCCACUCAGCAAAUGCAUGUGAAUGUGCAAGAAAGACCCCCGCAAUUCCCCAUUGUAUCGGGCAAUCACGGGUUUCAUGAGCAGCAGUACUACCACCGGCCUCAGAUCCGCAUGGACAGUAAUGGGCAACCGAAUGUCCUCACUUCUCGUCAAUACCAGAAUCAGCCGGUUCAGAUCCUGCAUCCUCAACCCCAGCAUCCUCAAGUGCAGCAAUCCUUGUUGAUGCAGGGCGUGCCCCCUACACCGACCUUACCAGAGAACACGGCUCCUCAUCAAACGCAGGGCAAUCAAGGGUUUAUCCACAGCCACCAGCCCGAUCCAUCCUCAGCCCAAAUAAACUCCCAAGAAGCCACGACCGGGCCAAGGACAGCACCACAACCGUCCGCUCAGACGACAAACUUGCUGGAAAUGCUGAAAGGAAACGCGAGGCAGGCAAUUUCAGAUCGGCAGCCGUCGGUCCAGUCACAGGCAGACUACAGGCCCAUCCUACCCCAACACCAACAACAGCAACAACAACAGAUGGGUACUCAAAAUCAGAAACCGACUAGGUACUCUAACCAGUACGGUGUAGCCGCUUCGAGUAUGAGUCCCCAAAUUGCACCAGCUUCGCCUGGCUCGCGCCCUCUUCCGCCAACCGAUAAACACCGUUCAGGUCUUUUGGGCAUGUUUAAAAAGGUAGAAUCACCAAAGGCCCCAAGCUAUCAACCGACUGUAGAUAUGCUGUCUUUAUUCAAGGCAACGGAAUCACCUCGAGCGGCGGUGCCCCAAAACAAUCAACCAACUCCAGACCUGCUGUCUUUAUUCAAGGGAACGGAGUCGCCUCGAGCAGCGGUCCCCCGAAGUAAUCAACCAACGCCAGACCUGUUAUCUUUAUUCAAAGGGACGGAAUCACCUCGAGCGGCAACUACCAAUUCUGCGGGCCUACGUCAGUCUUCCAACGGUGGGCCCAAGCAGCAGGCCUCGGAUAAACCAUCAUCAAUGGCCAAUAUUCUGCAAACAGCGGUCCAAGAGAACGGUCGUCCUAUGGUGAUGAAUCCGAACUCCAAUCUGCCAUUCGGAGCUGUCAUGAUCGCUAGGCGCCCCAAGGACGGGAAGAGCAGUGCAGAUUUGGGGCAAGAGGAAAUAUUGAAGAAUGCCCACGCACCACAAGUUAGGCAGUCAUCGCUAGAGCACGCCUCGUCCGGGCCCCGUGGAAGGCAGAGUGCAAGAAAUCUCAAGGGUCAACCGGCUCCUGCCCCGGCCAAUGAGCCAGGUUAUCCAUAUGGGAAACCAGAUCAUCCGACCAACAGUUCGACGGCGCAUGGGCCUCCGGCGUCGGCUCUUCCAAUGCCUCACAUGCUCAAACGCUCAGAACAGUCAUCUGAGCAUAAGACUGCCCUACUCUCUCUCUUCAACCAAACCAAGACGAGUGGUGCCGCACUGCCACCUAAAGGCAAGGAGGCAGCGGCUGAGCAACUUGGCUCUAUAGGCAGCACACCGGGCAACAGGCGUGGUAGUGGGACAUUACUUUCUCCAGCGGACAGAGAGUUCUUGCUGGGCUUCUUGCAAGAUGCGUCGAAGAACGCGCCUGGCACCUCUAAACGGUAGCACCGUUCGCAUGACUAUGAUCGCACUUUUUAACAAGGCACCCAUUUCUACUACAUCAUAUAGUACACAACGACCCGCGAUAUGAUUGCAUUGGCGACGGGUGGCAGGAAUUAAGCGAGGGUAUUUGAAUCUGUUUCUCGUUCAUCGCACUGGAGUCGAAUAUGGAUGGGGGAUAUGGACCUAGGGCAUGAAGAAGCAUUGCGCAGCCUUUUGAUUGGAGUAGGUGCGCUCAGCCACAUAGCGGAUCUCAAAUACCCUGUUGUUUAGUACUUUGUAGACAUAUUAUGAUUGGUACAUCGAUGAUAUUUCCCGCCAGACCAGCCACCGGUGGUCUGCUUGAUUAUGAUUUCGCUGAUGUAAGCAAUCCUCAAUGCGAGUAGCAGGGUCGAUUCCCAUUCUUUGCAACGAGUAGGGGACUUGGUUCACCUGGGGAUUACAUAACAUAGGUUGGUCCAGCAUCCUAUGGGAUUUGACUGCAAAAAUACAAGC